AUUCACAUUAUAUAGUUUAGUCCACAUGUCUUGGAGAAUUUUGUCUCCUGUUAAAUCUGAACAUGUAAGGCUCCGUGAGGCCGCGCGGUGGCGCUGCAGGUUAAGAAGACAGAGCACCGGAAUUGCUUCUGCGAUCUCCUCCGGGCCAGUUUCUCACCACCUAGAAGCAAAAGACGCGCUUUCUUCAGCCAAAGCAAGGGCGAGUGUAAAACCUUAAAUAUUCUAUUUGGAGGCUUGAUUCUGACGUUCUGGACUGUGAGACGGUGCUGUCCGGAUCCUGGGCAUACGCGAAGCUACUGUGAAGCAAACAGGAAAGAGGAAAGAGCCAUGGAGACUGCGUGGAUGCACAAUCUGAGGCAAAGGCAAGUCCUGAUUUUCUUUGUUUUGCUGAGUGUGUCUGAGGCAGGUACCGAGCUGGGUCCCUAUUUCAUACAGGAAGAAAUGGAGAGGGGCUCCUUUGUGGCAAAUCUUGGGAAAGAUCUGGGGGUGGAGCUGGCAGAGAUUUCCACCCGCCGGGCUCGGAUCAUUUCCCAGGAAAAUAAAGAGCAUUUGCAGCUCAAUGUUCAGUCUGGAGAUUUGCUCAUAAACGAGAAAUUAGAUAGAGAGGAGCUGUGUGGCUCCAUUGAACCUUGUGUUUUACACUUCCAAGUGUUAAUGGAAAACCCUUUAGAGGUAUUUCAGGCUGAACUGAGGGUGAAGGACAUAAACGAUCAUUCUCCAGUGUUCAGUGAAAAGGAAAUGAUACUGAGAAUACCAGAAAACAGUCCACUGGGAAACACAUUCCCUUUAAAUAAUGCUCUGGACUCAGACGUAGAAAUGAACAACAUUCAGCGCUAUGAAGUCAACUCCAACUCUCAUUUCCUGGUUGUAACCCGCAACCGCAGCGAUGGCACGAAGUACCCAGAGCUGGUGCUGGAGAAAGAACUGGAUCGGGAGGAGGAGCCCGAGCUGAGGUUAACCCUGACAGCCUUGGAUGGUGGCUCUCCUCCCCGGUCUGGGACGGCGCGGGUUCUCAUUGAAGUAGUAGACACCAACGAUAACGCACCCAAGUUUCAGCAGCCAACUUACCAAGUGCAAAUUCCAGAGAACCGCCCCACGGGGUCCCUGGUAGUCACAGUCUCAGCCAGUGAUUUAGACAGUGGAGAUAAUGGAAAAGUACUGUACACACUCUCUCAGCCUUCAGAAGAUAUCAGCAAGACAUUAGAAGUAAAUCCUGUAACAGGGGAAAUUCGGCUACGAAAAGAGGUAGAUUUCGAAACAAUUCCCUCUUAUGAAGUGGAUAUCAAGGCCACGGAUGGGGGAGGUCUCUCAGGAAAAUGCACUCUGCUCCUGCAGGUGGUGGACGUGAAUGACAACCCCCCAGAAGUGAUGCUGUCUGCACUUAACAGCCCAGUUCCAGAAAACUCUCCGGAUGAGGUAGUUGCUGUUUUCAGUGUUAGAGAUUCUGACUCCGGGAAAAAUGGAAAGGUGAUUUCCUCCAUCCAGGAGGACCUUCCCUUUCUUCUAAAACCUUCAGGAAAGAACUUUUACACUUUAGUAACCAAGAGAGCGCUAGACAGAGAAGAAAGAGAGCAAUACAUCGUCAUCAUCACAGUCACUGACAUGGGCACACCCAGGCUCACAACCCAGCACACCAUAACAGUGCAGGUCUCAGAUGUCAACGACAAUGCCCCCGCCUUCACACAAACCUCCUACACCCUGUUUGUCCAGGAGAACAACAGCCCCGCCCUGCACAUAGGCACCAUCAGCGCCACAGACUCAGACUCAGGAUCCAAUGCCCACAUCACCUACUCUCUGCUGCCCACCCACGACCCGCAGCUGGCCCUCGACUCGCUCAUCUCCAUCAAUGCCGACAAUGGGCAGCUGUUCGCGCUCAGGGCGCUCGACUAUGAAACCCUGCAGACUUUCGAGUUCCACGUGGGCGCCACAGACCAAGGCUCUCCUGCGCUCAGCAGCCAGGCGCUGGUGCGAGUGCUGGUGCUGGACGCCAACGACAAUGCGCCCUUCGUGCUCUACCCGCUGCAGAACGCCUCUGCACCCUGCACAGAGCUGCUGCCCAGGGCGGCAGAGCCUGGAUACCUGGUCACCAAGGUGGUGGCAGUGGACCGCGACUCUGGACAGAAUGCCUGGCUGUCAUUCCAGCUGCUCAAGGCCACGGAGCCCGGGCUGUUCAGCGUGUGGGCUCACAAUGGCGAGGUGCGCACCUCCAGGCUGCUGAGUGAGCGCGAUGCUCCCAAGCACAGGCUGCUGCUGCUGGUCAAGGACAAUGGAGAUCCUCCAAGGUCAGCCAGUGUCACUCUGCAUGUGCUGCUGGUGGAUGGCUUCUCUCAGCCCUACCUGCCUCUGCCAGAGGUGGCGCGCGACUCUGCCCAAGACGAGGACUUGCUCACACUGUACCUGGUCAUUGCCUUGGCUUCUGUGUCUUCCAUCUUCCUGUUGUCUGUGCUGCUGUUCGUGGGGGUGAGGCUGUGCAGGAGAGCCAGGGCGGCCUCUCUGGGUGGCUGCUCUGUGCCUGAGGGACACUUUCCUGGUCACCUGGUGGAUGUCAGCGGGGCAGGGACCCUGUCCCAGAGCUACCAGUAUGAGGUGUGUCUGAUGGGCGAUUCUUCUGGGACCAGCGAUUUUAAAUUCGUAAAGCCAGUUCUCCCCAGCUCCCUGCCCCAGUCCUCUGGGAAAGAAAUAGUGGAAAAUUCUACCCUCCGGAAUAGUUUUGGAUUUAAUUAUUCUUAGAAAGCUACUUAAUAGGUAUUUACUUCCUAAUAUUCUUGUUGAUUAGCUAAGUUCUGUAUACCUGUUACUAACAACAAUUUUAAUUUUCACUUUACUCGUCAGUUUUCAGGUUUAUGCUUAAUGUCAUAAAGUGGGUUUUACUCUUUUUUUAUUGCAUAGAAUUUCUUCAUAGGAUCCCAGUAACUGAAAAGGCUUUAUCUGCACAGUUAAAGUGAUUGUUAAAACUUUUCUACCACUUUGCCCUUGUUGACUUCAUUAGCUCUGCACAUUUCCUGUGAGUGUUCUGUUUCUAGACUUCUUGAACUAUUAAAAUAUUGCAUUGCUUGUUAUGUACAUGUAAACUCCUCAGUAUUUCUGCAUUCCUUUUCUAUUCUGGCAGUCUUGUUGAUUAGUCCUUGGUUUUCAUUAUAUAGAAUACUUGUCUAAUGCCAUCCUAGUAUUUUAUAGUUCUAUCUUCGUUGUUUCUAUAUCUUGAUUUAAAAUCUAUUUCUGUCAUAAGUAAUAGAAGCACCUAGUCAAUCUGAAAACAAACAUAUUGUAAAAUAUUGUUUGUGUAGAUGUGCCUAAAUUUGUGGCCAUGAAGGCAAACUUCAGCAUUCUAAGGCAUCAAAAUGAAGCACUUAAUAAUUUGCUUUAAUUCUGCAUGGAAACCUUAGAUAGACAUUGAGUUUUCCGUGGCUUACAAUCCAGUUGCACUCUGCUGAAUAAACAGUGUAUGUGUAUCACCAGGCGGAUGUGGUGACUUCUCUGUGCAACAGAGCUGGGAUUUGGGGCUCUGUGUAAUCUUUUUCAUGUUCAUAUCCUAAGGUUCAAUCUAUACCAUUUGCUUUUAGUGGGAAAAUUAGAGCAGUCUGAGCCUUUGAAUAAAAUUCUUUGUGAGGAAGACGUUUUAUUGAUAUAUCUUUGCUUUCAACAUCAUUAAGAUAUGUUACUUUGUCAUAGUUUUGAUCUUUUAUUUAAUGUACAGUAAUCAGAUCAUAUUAGAUUUUAUUAAGAGGGACAUUUAAACAAAGGUGGGACUUUUGUUCAACUGGCUAUUAUAAGAAAAUAAAGACAAAUUUGAAAGGAAGGGAACAGAAAUGUUAAGUAUAAGUAAGUGAAAUAACAUGAUUUUCAAAUGGUAGGGACUGAUGUUCACAGGCCGUUUCUUGUUCUCCUUAUAGUUCAUUUGUGUGUGCUUUGACUCAAUAAACAUAAGUGACUGGAUGACUUGCCAAAGAUAAGACACAGUUCCUAUCCCAAGUAGGUCACAUACCGAAGGAGAGAUAGACUCUUAUAAAACCGGAAGCAAUGUUAUUUACACAAUAAGCAUAGUGAUGUGCAUGAGUCACAGUAAUAGGCAUUCUGGGGCACAGAGGAAGGACAGCAUGAUUGCUCAGUUAUGGAUGCAAAGUAGUGCUUCUGUUCAAGGAAUGUGACACAGAGUUUGAAUAAGGUUUCUGAGGAACGUGCCAAAGAUUUCUUUUGCCCGUUUCUUGUGUCCCUGUGCCCUUGUUUCCAGAACUGUAAAAUAUGUUAUCAAACGACAUGCCCACAAUUUUUCCUUUGAUGGCAUGAGCCUGUGCCAGGAAUGAAAGGACUAGCGUGGAGCUAGAUCUAGCAGUGAAACAAAGUUCCGGCUACAAACCUCCUAUUCAGCUGUUAGAAUCUUAACUUUCCCAUGAAGCCGUGAAGAAAAAGUAUUAAUGGACCUCUGUCUCAGUAUUAUUUUCACAAAACAAACAAAAAGAAAAAGUGAAAAACUUAAA